AUGACCCCAGAAACCGGAUCCUUGUUCCAGGAAGACAAAAGCUACCUCAAGAAAGUUGUCACAGAGGGCUUUCCUAUCAGCUUCGAAAAGUACAACUAUUCCAUCACGUUGCCAGACUCUGCCAGACCGGGCCACUCUGAAGUGUACCGUCAUCCAUUAUGCAAGGACAAGUUGUUCAGCAAGAUGCAUCCAAACUUGGACACUGUAUAUGCCUUGUUUGAGAACUCGCUCGCUCUUUGGCCGGAAAAUGACUUCAUAGGUCGCCGCUUGUUUAACAACACCAAUCCUGACACCUUCGACACCUUCUACACCUGGGAAUCGUACACCAAGGUGGCCGAGCGUCGGACGAACGUCGGAGCUGGUAUUUUCCACGCUCUUCGUACCAACCGCUUCAUUACUGGGGCUCACAACAUGGAGAAUUUCAUUGUCUCCUUGUUCAGCGGAAACACCCCUGAGUGGGUGAUCACCGACUUGGCUUGCGCUGCGUACUCGAUUGGGAACACUGCCUUGUACGACACUUUGGGCCCUGGGACCUCAGAACACAUCUUGGGAUUGACCGAGUCUCCCAUUGUGGUCUGCUCCAAUGAUAAGUUGGAAGGCUUAUUGGGGAUCAAGAAGAACUUACCGUUUUUGAUUCAGGUGGUGGCGCAACAACCGUUGGCCGCUUCUGAGAAGGUAUACGUCACUAAGUUCGCUGAGGCGGGGGUCCAGUUACACACCUUUGAAGAGAUCGAGGCCUUGGGCGCCUCAAACCCAAUGGCCCACAGAAAACCGCACCCGGAAACAUUGUACACCAUCUCUUUCACUUCCGGUACGACCGGUAAUCCCAAGGGUGUUGUAUUGAAGCACAGACAUGCUGUGUCGUCCAUUACCUGGGCCAUGUCUACGUUUCCGCUUCCGAAGGGGAAGGCAAGGGAAUAUAUAUUCUUGCCAGUGUCACACAUCUUUGAGAGGGGCGUGUGGGGGACUUACUUUUCCACCGGGACUGCAUGUGCAUUCCCCCAAUCCAGCUCUCCCACGUCUUUGGUGGAUGAUUUAUUGGUAAUGAGGCCAACUUCUUUGAUUUCAGUGCCAAGAGUUUUCACACGGUUUGAAGCUUUGUUGAAAGACAAGACGAUCAAUUCCGCUCCUGGGGUAUCCCAGAAGUUGAGCAGUUACAUCAUUGACAAGAGGGCACAGUGGAUCAAGAAGGGAUGCACUGGCCACUCACACUGGCUCUUCGACAGACUCUUGACCAAUAAGUUGCGCGAUUCCCUUGGCUUAACCAACGCCAGGUAUUUCAUCACAGGCUCUGCUCCCAUUAGCCCCCAGACCAUCAACUUCUUUAAGGCUGCCUUAAACGUGGGGUUUGCCCAGGGUUACGGUAUGACCGAGUCCUUCUCUGGGUUUUGCCUCUCAGACCCUUUCGAAAUUGACUCUGGGUCUUGCGGCCCAAUUGGGAUCACUACCGAGGCAAGAUUGAGGGAUGUCCCGGAGAUGGGAUACACCUCCCAAGACAAGGGGGGACCUAGGGGCGAAGUACUCCUUAGAGGGCCACAGAUGUUUGAAGAGUACUAUAAAAACCCCGAAGAAACGGCCAAGGCAUUUGACGAAGACGGCUGGUACAGGUCUGGGGAUGUGGGCCGUAUUGACGAAAAAGGACAUCUCUUCAUCAUUGAUAGGGUAAAGAAUUUCUUCAAGUUAGCCCAGGGAGAGUAUGUGACCCCCGAAAGAAUCGAGAACCAGUACUUAUCGUCUUGUCCGUACAUCAGUCAGCUCUACGUGCACGGUGACUCCUUGCAAACGUACUUGGUGGCUAUUGUAGGGAUUGAUCCGUUGGCAAUGGCCAAGUUCCUUGAAAGUGAGUUUGGUAUCUCCGCUGGAAACCCAUCUUCCCCCGAUCCAGAGGAGAUAUUGAGAUUGCUUAGCGAGGUCAGGGUAAAGAGGAAGUUAUUGGUCACGAUGAACGAAGCUGUUUCGAGUUUGAAAUUGCAAGGGUUUGAAAAGAUUCAUAACAUUUAUUGCGAUGUCGAACCUUUAACGGUCUCCAGAGAUGUGGUCACACCAACCUUCAAGAUUAAAAGACCAAUCGCCAGGAAGUUUUUUGCCCAGACCUUUGAGGACUUGUACAGCGAGGGGUCCUUGAUCAAAGAUGCCAAGUUGUAG